CUCGAGCUCGUUCAGCGAGAGGGAGCCAUGGAGUCCAAGGAGUCGGAGAAGGACCGGUCCAAGCUCCGCGACAUUGGCACGAUCGCGAUGGAAGCUCUCGGCAAGAUCGACACCGUCCUCGCUUUUGAGCUCUCGCUCCUCAACGACGAGAUGAAGCACAUGGGUCAAGAAAACGAGCUGCUCAAGGCGGAAAACAACACACUCAAGGCCAAGUUGCUUCAGCAGCGCGAAGAUGAGGCCGACAUAUACUUUUAUUUGCACAAGAAACUUGACGCCAACUACGAAGUCAUUACGCAGCUCGAGACUGACAUUGAGAGCGUCAAGCGGGAGAAGGAGGUCGUCACGGACGCGUACGAGACGGCGCUCGCGGUCCAGAACGAGCAAUUCUCCAAAGAAAAGAAGGACUGGGCCGAACGCAUGGAGUCGGCCGAGAGCACGCUGCAGUCGCUCGAGCUCUUCCAGGAGCGCAAGGCCGCACUGGAAGAGACGCUUGAGAAGCUUUCGAUCAACCUCGAGAGCGAAAAGGCCACGCACCAGCAGCAACUGCUGGAGAUGGAGCGCCGAAACGUCCAAGAGAAGGAGCGGAUCAAGAAGGAAAUGCUCAUCAAAAUCAAGGAAAACAAACAGAAUUUGCUGGCCAUGACCGAAGACCAGCUGCACACUACGACCAAGCGCACCAUGAUGGAAAACGAUCAAAUGAUCUCGGAGCUGCAGUAUCAAAGCAAAGAAACCGAGAAGCUCCUCGCCAAAUACAAGACGAUCGAAGCCGAAGUUGCGCAGCUGCGCAUCCAAAUCAAACUCAACAAGGAAACGGAAGUCGAAAUGGCCAAACGCACGCAUUUUUACCAAAAACUCAUCAAGAAACUCAACGAGCGUGUCCAAGCCGACCAGGCCGCCGCGCAGCGCCACCAGGCGAUGCUCAGUCAGGAAGACGCGUCCAAGGAGAGCGUCAACAAGGCCAACGAGACCAUGAUUAGCCUCCUUAGCGAAAAGACCACACAGCUCGAAGUUCAGCUCCGGACACUCUCGUCCGAGCUUCGGGAUGCCCGGGAUCAGUUGGACGCGGCCCGGGCCGAGAAGUCGCUCUUCCUUGGCGAGCAAGACGACACGCUGCGCUUUCUCUCCACCGCCAUCCACGACAUUACGCAUCAAGUUGGCACCAAGCCAACUGCCACAAAAGAGUGGAAUCCCGGUGAUAUCGUGCCCGCCAAGCUCGACGAUCUUGGCCCCGCCGAUGUCAAGAGGGUGCUGCAAAUGCUGUUUCGGAAGCUCCAUACGUACCAAGCGAAAAUCGUCCAACUGGGCACGGUCAAGUCGUCCGAGAAGACUCGCGAGGCGCUCGAGAAGCAGUUUGGCGUCGAGUUGCCGCCGAUUGCGACACCGCCGAGCCCGCUCGAUAUUUUAACCGAGCUCGCCAACCGCGGCAACGCGCCCAAAGUGCUCCCAGAGACGAGUAUUUAUCCUGGCCAUGUCGGGCAGCGGUCGGUGGCCAGUCAGACCUUGCCGUGCUGGACGGAGUUUCGAAAGCAGCCGCGACAGCACCAUCCACCGCCGCCAUCACUCGGUAAAAAUCGCAGCCGUCCAGUCUGACCAGCGAUCAUCGAUCGGUCGAGAAGAAGAAGCGACCGUCACGGUUUGGCGAGUGGCCAGAGACAACGUCCUUUCCAGCACUUGGUGGCCAAGUCGACGACGAGAUGCUCAACGCUGGUCUUACGUCUAGCAGUGCAUCCUUGGCGACGGUUCAACCGCCGCUACGAAGCCUCACGA